GGUCAGUAUAUAAUACCGAUUGAGCUGAUCCAGUGAACGUUCUCGCUUUGUUUAGGCUCCAAUACGCAAGUGCACUUCCAUUGAUUCCUAUAUUUAACAAACUUACAAGUCAUAACUAAACUUUUGUCUCCUCACUACUUAAUAUACAUGGCAGUUUCCGACCAAAAAUCGGAUCUAGCAUUUAUCGAAUUAAAAUCCGAUGAUCCAUUCGAUCUAUUCACGGACUGGCAUAAUGAGGCGAAUAAAUUCAGCAAAGGGUCCACGAACGUGACUUGUCUCGCAACCCUUGCCGAAGGAAACACUCCGAGAGCUAGAAAUGUGUUGCUGAGAAAAUACAACAGAGAUGGCUUUGAAUUUUUCACCGACAGCCGCGGAAAAAAAUCUCUCGAACUGAGCAACAACAGCAAGGCCGCGAUGUGCAUUUACUGGGUCUACGAGAGCGAUAAAAAUGAGCGAAUUUCCAAGCAGGCGAGAGUUGAAGGCAGAGUAGAAUUAUUACCGCGGGACCAAGUUAACAAAGUUUAUGAUGCAGAGCCGCUUUAUUGUAAAAUUCGCGCUCACUUGUGUCAUCAAGACGCCGCCGUGGAUUGGAACGAGAUGAAGAAACGUCAUGAUGAGUUACUGCGUCAGGCUAAAUUAGAUCCCGAGAUUUUAUCCAUGCCCGAUCAUUACGCUGGAUACAAGCUGGUUCCUACUUGGUUCGACUUUUACUUGUCAAAAGAUAAUUUCAUCGCAGAUCGAAUUGAAUUUUUUAAAAAUGACGACGGGAUUUGGACUAACAGAAGAAUUGCCGCCUAAUUCAAACAGUUUUUAUUCUGAUUCAUCAUCGUCCUGUUAUUUUUAAUUUAUGAUAAGUUUUUCCGGAAAAAGACAUAUCUAUGUCCUUUUUCCUGCUGACUUAUCAAUACUGUGUUUAUUAUUAUAAUAAAUUUUAUUAUUGUUUGAAAAUAAAAAAAA